AUGAUGCAGCAACAGCAGCAGGCACAGAUGUUUCGCCAGCGGGUCAUGAUUCAGCAGCAGGCACAGGCACAAGCACAGGCACAACAGCAGCAACAGCAACAGCAGCAACAGCAACAGCAUGGUCUCCCUGUUUCGUUACCAAAUGGCACACAGGGGCUCAAUGCUGCCCAGAUGGCUGCGAUGCAAGCGAAUCCUAGAAUGAACCAAGUCAACAUGAUGCACCUUCAGCAACAGCUUCCUCAUGGCCAGCAAGGCCUUUCGCAGCAGCAGAUUAUGGCUAUCCAGCAGGCGCAACAGCAGCAUGCGCAGCAGGCGGCUAUGGCAAACAACGGACAACCCGGCCAGCAUACCCCCCAACGUGCUUCUGCGCAACCCCCGAGCAUGCACGAGACCCAGGCUGGGACACCACAGUCUCAACAUGGCGCACUGCCGCAAAGCGGAACUCCCCAACCGAACCAGCGAGCGCAAACCCCUUCGACACAACCACCGCAAUCACAGGGCCCUCAGCAAGCCCAAGCGACGCCAAACCCUCAACCCCAGCAAUUACCCCAGUCUCAGCAACCUGGCCAACAACAACCCCAACCCGGUCAGCAACAGCAGCCUCAACAAGGACCUCAAGGCCAACAGGGUCAGGUAUCAGGCCCGCCAAGUCAACAGGCCUUGGCUGCUCAAGAAGCUCAAUUUAAAGCCCAGCAACAGACUCAGGCUGCCAUGAUGAUGCAACAGCAACGGUUAAGCAGGCAGGGCCAAGCUACUCUGUGUCUCCAUUCUUACGCAGAGCACCUUGGGAACUUUGCAAGCCGUGGCGAGGCGACCGACUUCAUGUUCUGGCAUAACUUUGUAGAGAAAUUCUACUCUCCCGGCGGAGUGUUGCGCCAGGGCGUUUGGAGCACCCAAGGGGGGUCAAAGCAAUUUGAGAUCUCCACUCCCGCGCUCGCGAGAUUUUAUGUCACACAAUUCAACACCGGUAUCAAGCAGAUUCAAUUGGUUGUCGAGGGUGCUCGUGAACGCGACUUGCCAAAUGGCGGACAUAUCGUGGAGGCCCCAAAGGCUUAUUUCAUCUACUCGUUCACCAAUGAGUGCCGACUAUUCACACAUGGUCACCUUCGUGCAUACUUUGAUGUCAACAACAAGAUUGAUAUGCUGGACUUUACCGUCACCGGCCACGAUGAAUAUGUCCCACGGUCUAUGCUCCAGUCUCUCGAGGCGUCGGAGCAGAAGCAGAGCCCGAAGGCGACUAAAAACUCCGGAAAGCGAGCGCAGAAGCAAGCGCCGAAUUUCACGCUACCAGAGUCGAUGGUGACCCCGAACGGCGUUCCCAGUGGGGUGUUGGAUUUCCUCGAGAUGGCAGAAACCAUCUCCCAUAUGCAAAUGCUCUUCAACUUCUCACAACAGAACCCGAACCUCUCCCCACCCGAAGCCCUCCGCAACCUCGUCAACACCCUUCACACGCAGGGCCCAACCGCCCAAUUUGCGACCCCAAUGAAUCCUGGAAUGCAGCCUAUCCCUCGCCAACCCAGCAUGAAUGGUCCUUCGCAGUUCGCCUCUCCUGCUAUGGCCCAUCUUGGUCUCCCCGGGGCACAAGGCUCGCCCCAUCUGACCGGUUCAGCACACGCGAGUCCUGCCCAGAGCCAGAUUGCCGGUGCUCCCGGAAUGCCCGUUCAGCCGUCGCCGGUCAUCAAUAAUAGCCCCAACAUUGGCGGCAAUAAACGUCGACGUGCAAGUACCGUGAAGAUGGAGUCCGAGGACGGCAACGAGGUGAAUGGCACUGGCGCACAGGGUGCGACCAAAGUGAAAGCCAGUCCUCGGGUACCAAAGAGACAAAAGGGAGCUGCAUCCUAG